GAUUGGAUUUGCGAUGCCGUAGGGUUGUGCAAGUGAUUCCCUUGUUUUUUGGCUUAUUAACCAUAUUUUUGUGGCCAUUUGACUCGCUCGUGUAUCGCCGUCUCGCUCCCACCCCCGCAAUCGGCUUCGUGCGUUUUUUUUGUGUGCAUUUUUACACAGAACUCACACUUUUGUUUGGCCAAGAAUUCUUACUUUAUUUUUUGCAAAAAAACAAAGAAGCCUAAAAUAACGCGAUAAUGUGCAAGUGCUACUAGUUUUUUGGCGAGCGGUAUUCUCUGCGGACUUUUUAUUAACCAAAAAAUGGAGGAGGAUAAUGCCAAGGCUCUAAAUAACCACAACAACAAGAACAACAACAAUAAAGGACGCCAGCAGCUGCAGGGACACGCCCACAGCACCGCCCCCGCCUCCGCCGAUAUAUUUAUAUUCGAUUUAUAGUAGUUGUAGUAGUCAUGCCAACAACAAAAACACAAGCAACAACGCCAACAACUUGCAGCGAAGCCGAAGAAGAAGCAAAAAAUUGCGAUACGCCAAUGGCGACCCCAACAAAAACAACAACAUCCACAACAGCAACAACAACUGCAGCAGCCACAACAAAAACAACAACAACAGCCGCAGCUACAACAAAAACGCACAGAGAAGAAGCUGCAACAUCUAGUGUUACUAAAACAACAACAACAACAAUAUUAGCCGCUGCAGCGGGAUGCCACAAACCGUUAUUCUUCAGCCGCCGCUUUCAGGACAAACGGAACUUUAGUUCGCUGCCGCUUUUCGUCUACGCGACCUCACCAUCGACGCACGCCCACUCGGCGGACGGGGUAGGCGUGGCCAGGGAGGCAGCCGCUUUUAGCCAGAAGAAUGAAGGCUUCGAACCUGCAACGCAUGGCAUCAGCAAAACGGACGGAAGCUGCAUCAGCCACCACAGUCAGAGCAACGGGAACGGAAUUGGGGGCUCCAACGGAAGCGGAAACAUCGGCCACCAUCUCGGUGGAGUCCUGCGCACCACUGACCUGGCCAGCGGGGCCAUGGAGUGCCUGCCGAUGAGCAGCGCCGCCCACCACCCACAUUUGAUGGCGGGUGCGUCGGGGGUCGGAGCUGUUUCCGCCUCGCCCACGGCCACCGUGGUGGUGGGGGCCACGUACCCGCACCACCUGCACCACCACCACCUGAGCCACCACACGCCCUACAGCAACAGCUACGGGAGCCAUCACAUCCACAGCGAGCAGACCAAGUCCCUGCAGGAGCUGCAGCACGAGGUGGGCGCCCUGCUGGAGUUCAGGGAUUUGGUCAUCGAGACUUUUCCCGACCUCAAGCACAAGAUGGCCUCCAUGUCCGCGACGCCCUCGACGCCCACAUCUUCGGUGGGUGCCAUGGGUGGCAGUCAUUCGGUGGGUGGCGGCAGCUCCUCGUUAGCCACCAGCAGACGCGAAUGGGAGCCGGGCAUACGUAUGAAGCGGAAAUUGUCGCACAAGGAACCGUCCACGUCGUCAGCGUCGGCAGCUGCCACUUCAUCCGGAGCGGAGGCGUCGUCCUCGUCGCUGACGCGCAGCCGCAGCAACUCGCACAGCGGCAAGAAAGAGCCAAAGAGCGGAGAGAACAACAACGGCAGCGUUGUGCAAGACUCCGGCUUCUCAACGGAGACCAGUUCCUCCAAGGAGGGCCACAGUGCCUCCUCCACCAACGGUGCUAUGACGGUGGCCAUAGCGGCGAAUCGCCUGAGCUGUGCGGAAUCGGACGAUGAGCUGCUCAACCUGCUGGACGUCAUCCACCGCAAGUCCAAUCGCUUACGCGAAGAGGUGGAGCAGCUGCAAAGCUACGAGCGCCAGCAGGGUAAUGCCCAAAAGACUGAGGGUGAGGGCAAGGGUGCGAGCAAGGAUGGAAUGACGCCGCAGCAGUUCCGGGAGCAGGUGGAGCGACUGAAUCGCGAGGAUAUCAAGCAGCUGCGCAAGGAGCGCGAUCGCCUGCUGGACAAGCUGGCCGAAAUGGAGGCGGAGACGCUGACCGGUCGCAUUAAGGCGGCCAAGAUGAGCGACCAGGUGGAGGAGCUGGUGGGGGUGAAAAAGGAUCUCGAGGAGCAGUUGAAACUGGCGAUGGCCCAGAAGCUGGAGCUGAGCUCGCGAGUGCAGCAGUUGCAGCAGCAGCAGCAAAGCAAGAGCUCUUCCAGCGCCAGCCAGUCGGAUUACUCCAGUCAACGCAACUUUCUAUCCUCAGCCACCACGGUGCUCUCCAAUGGCAGUCGUCCCAACAGCAACAACACAUUCCAGCCGGUCGUCCUCGAUCAGCCAGCGCAGGAAGCAUUCCAUCAAAGCUCAGGCAGUGAUAUAACAUUGAGGAAGCAGCAACAGCAACAGCAAUCCUUGGGGCGACUUGAUGGCAUCGUGAGCACGCCCGGAACGCGCAACUCCAAGUGCCGUUUGACCGACUCCAAGCGAUUCGCGGCCAUUCUCCUAGAGACGAAUGUUCUGGAGCUGCAGCGCCACCUGCUCACCCUCACCGUGCAGAACCAGGUGCUGGCCCAGAAGCUCGAGUCGUCCAGCAAGUCCAAGACGCUGCUGGCCAAGCGGCUGGACAAGAGCAGCGAGGAGUUCGAGCAUCUGCGCUACCAGCUGGAGGAGAAGAGCAUCGAGCUGGAGGGCACCAAGGCGCAGUUGCGACUGGUGGAGUCGCGCCUGCAGGCAAACAACAGCACCAGCAACUCGUAUCUGCAUUCCUCGCAGCAUGACUACGAGACCAAUCGCUCCUCGGCUUCCACCACGCUGAUGCUGAGUCGUCGCGGAGUCUCAGACUCAGUGGACUCCGCCUCGACGGCCAUGCCCGCCCCGCCAGUCACGCAGAUCAGUACGCCGAGCAUGAAGGCCAUGGUGCCGCUGGCCAUGGACGAGCUGCAGCAGCACAGCAGUAGCACGGAGUCGGCGCACGAGCACGAGAAUCCACAGCUCCGUACGCCGAACAGCACCAGCUCCCCGCUAAGCAAGACGAUGAUCAACGCGAGUCCGCCGUGUCCCGUGGGCAGCAGUACACCCAGUAAUAUCGCCGCCCGUGUGAUGAGCAUCAGUGUGGGCGGCGUCAGUCCGUUUGAGUCCGGCAUGACUCCGCCGCCGCGACAGAAUGCCUUCCGAAAGUUCGGAAGUGCCAGCAAGCCCAGCAAGAUUCCGCUGCCGGGCAGCAAGGCGGCGGCCUAUUUUUCCGGCAAACCGCCAACGGGACGGCCUUCGACGGCGGGACGCUCUCCGCCAUCGGCGCACAACUCCAGCAGCACCUCGUACGGCAGCAAAUCCUCGCUGAGCAGGAGCACUGGUAACCUGCAGAGCUUGCGGAGAGCCGACACGUCCGCCUCCAACCAUUCGCUGAGCACGAACACGAGCCGCAGUUCGACCUCCUCUUCGAUACCGCUGGCCACCACACCUUACUCAUCCGGCUCGACUGGCAAUCGCAGCCAGCCGAUGGCCGCAACGACUCCGUCCCCGCGUGUGCUCCAGAAUUCGCCGCUGCCCAAGCUGAAGCGAGAUACGAUCAGCUCGAGGGUGCGUCAUCUGGACUCCCUGUCACGUGCCCAGCAGUCGCCGGAGGGCGUAAGGGGCAGCUCCACCACCACCUCCAUUGCCGCCCAGCUCAGCUCGACGCUGCGCAAGGAUCUCCAGCUGAGUGGCAACGGAACGGGGGCGCCCUAUCAUCAUCAGCAGCAGCACCACCACCAGAACCACCGGCGCAGUGGCCACUCGCCGGCGUCCAACUCGUCCGGCAGCGGCGUGUCCCGGCGGUACAGUAGUGCCUCGACUGGGGGCUCCGGUGGCCGAGCCAUCGGCCGGGAUCUGGGCGAGAACACCACGCCCACUUCCAGCUAUGGCGGCGACAGUGACAGUGGCAAGCCCAAAAUGUAACUAAAACCAUUGUGAAAUCAGAAACAAGCCACUUUUCCUAACAAACGCCAGGCUACACAGAGAAAAUAAUCAUCGGAGUUGGUAUGGAUAGCAGAUGUUACCCGUGUUUGUGGUCCUAAGGUGGUGUACUGAUUGACUGAUUGAUUGACGUGUUGGUGGUGAAUACACAAAUUUCGACUGCUUGCAUGCCAAAAAAGAAAAAAGAAAAUAAGAACCGAAAUGCGACUGGAUUUUUGGUAUCGGACAGCCACAGAUAAUGGCGAUGGCCAAACGAAAAGGAGCAGCGCCCUCGCCCACAGAACAUCCUCCUCAGCUCAGCUCAGAUCAGCUCAGCCCCAAAAUCAGCUCAGAUCUCAAUCUCGAGCCCUCUGUUGUAUAUCGUUUGUCUGUUUUGUUUUUGGCCAAGAAGCAAAGACAAUGAAGUAGACACUUUGCCGCCAUUCGUUAUACGCGUAAGUCUCUUUUGUUGUAUCUCACCUAGUAGGUUAAGCUCAACCAUUUCUCCAAACCAAACCAAUCCACGAAUCCCCACACCGCCAACCCCACGGCUUUCUUUUGCUUACCCCCAACACUGAGUUACACCAGCAAUGGUUUUUAUUUCGAUGUAGUUCGUAGUAGAUCUAGCCUACCAAGACUAUCUAGACCUAGACCCUCACCCUUUCUACAAUAGCAAACGGGCAGUGCACACAAAAGAACACACAAAUUUUCGAUUCAACUCUUAAAAUUGCCAAAAGUAAGGUAAACGAAUUGAGUGACUUACACAUGCUGUACAUAUACUGAUUGGUUGAUUGAUUGAUCGCUCUGUGCUAACCAAAAAUAUAUAUUGUGCCCAAGGUUGAGGGAUCUAACCGCUGUUCAAGAGAACAACUCUCCCGCUACAUGCUAACACCAAAAACUUUUGUGUUUUCCUAACGAUCUUAUUACCAUUCUUUUCGUUAAUGUGCCUAAACAGCCGUCUAAACCCCUUUCUUGUUUCUAUUUUCGUUCUAAUUCUCAUUGCUUGACUGUGCACAUUGAACCAAAUAUUUGAUAUUCUAUUCUGUUUUUCUUUGCUCUCCCCGAAUCCCCCGAAAACGAUGCUUAGAAUUUGGCCAACACCGUUGAAAAGCCAAAUUUCCGUCUCAAUAACCACAAUUGGCAACUAUGGCAAACGAGCAGCAGCAGCAGCCAGGGAAAGGU